AUGACAGAUAGUUUCCCAGGCGACGACGAGGUUCAAGUUCCAGAGACGUCAUCUCCAAAUAGUAGGAUUCUUUCUUCAUCACCACUGAAAUCAUCUGGCCAGGAAACCGUUAGGGAUCAAGCAGCAAGUUUACGUAAUAAAUUCAUGUACAAACCAAAUUUACAGGCAUCUACUGAUGCAGCAGAGAGUACAGUGUCUCCGGCUGAACAGUUAACUACUUUACAAAAAGAAUUUCCUGAUUUCUCAUCGACUUUGAUUCAAGCUGUUUUUAAAUCAAAUGCAUCAGAUAUUGGUAAUGCGAGAGCACGUCUGAAUAGAAUCCAAGAACAAAGAUCAUCAUGGUCAAAAUCGCCGAGUUCCGCCAUUAAAAAUAAAACAUCUUCAACAGCUAGAUUAAACUCUAUAUCAUCUUCAAAUUCUAAACAAUCAGCAUCUACUAAAAUUAAUGUAGAUAAACCAAAGAGUUCUAUCUUUGAUAGAUAUUCUACCUCAAUGAAAAGGGCAUAUAAGAAACGUGAGGAUGAAGAUGGAGAUUAUGAGGAUUAUGAUGAAGAUGAUGAUAUAGUAGGCGUUCAUCGUGGUAAAAAUGGGAUGCUGUAUGAUCCUUCCUUAUUGUCAAAGAUUAGAAAUAGCAAAAGCUUAAAGGCAUUGUCGUCAUCACCUGAACGUAAUAAUUCACCAAAAGUUGGUAAGAAAAAAAGAAAAUUAGUUAGAGGUAGUGAGUUAGAUAAUGCAAGGAGUAAAAUGCUUGAUAAUAAAGUGAAAAAAUUAAUGAAGGAUGAAGGUGAAGGAGAAUUUUUAGAUGAUGCCGAUUCAGGGAUAGAAGAUGAUCAAUCUGGUAGUGAUGUAGAAUAUGAGGAUAAAAGUUCUGCAGCCAUUGAUAUCGAUGAUCAAACUUUAGAGUUCUUAAACACAUCUGAUCCGUCAGAUCUUGCAGAUCUUGCCGACACAACUUUUGAUAAAGCCAAAGUCAUUGUAUCAAAGAGACCCUUUUCAAAUUUAGAUCAUUUUGUAUUGCAAGAAUUUUUGACAGAAGAAGAGAUCACUAAGAGUAAAGAAGUCCAAACAAAUGGUAAAGGUAAACGUGGUGGUCGUGGAUACCGUGGUAAUCAAAAGAAAGAAACGGAGAGAUUUCUUGAAAAGAUCAAACAAUCUAUUAGAGGUUAUAAUGCUAUUGAUUCGUUAUUGAAAACAUGUGCAUCUUACGGUACAUCUAUUGAAAAUCAAAUGAAGACAUGGGGUGUUGAUUUGAAUGCUAAUGGCGAUGCUAAUUCUACUGAUCCAAAUGAUAAUGCAGGUAUUCCAGUGAUCUCUAUUGAUGAUAAGGAUGAGGACGAUGAGGAUGAGGAUGAUGACGAAGAAAAUAAUGAUGAUAAAGAAGGUAAACAUCCAAAGAAUGAAGCAAUAGUAGAAGAAUUUGAUGAGACUGAAGCAAGUAGUACACCUACUCCUGCUCCUUCCAGUUUAUCAUUAAAUGAAAAGAAUAAGACUACACGUGGUCCAGACAGUGAUAGCGAUUUUGAGUUAGUUGAGGAAGAAGAGGAAGAUAUAGAAGAUGAGGAUGAGGACUACGAAGAAAUUGCAUUUUCCAAACGUCCUACGAUGAGUAGUCGUACUCAUCGUCGUAACAUGAAACUGGCAGUCCAAAGAAAGGGCCCCGUGAAAUAUUUCAAGGGUAAACCACGUCUCUUAUCAUCUGAUAUUCAAUUAAAGGAUUAUCAACAAAUGGGUAUCAACUGGUUAAACUUAUUAUAUCAUAAUGGUAUGUCAUGUAUCCUUGCAGAUGAUAUGGGUCUUGGGAAAACAUGUCAAGUGAUUUCAUUUCUUGCAUAUUUGAAACAAAUCAAUGAACCAGGUCCCAAUUUGAUUGUUGUACCGUCAUCAACAUUAGAGAAUUGGUUACGUGAAUUCAAAAAGUUUUGUCCAUCAAUGAAGGUGGAACCAUACUAUGGGUCACAACAAGAAAGAGCAGAAUUAAGAGAUUAUUUGGAACGUACAGCUGGCCAAUAUGAUGUUAUUGUCACAACUUACAAUUUAGCUGCUGGGAAUAAAUAUGAUGUUGCAUUUUUAAAGGGUAGUGGAUUCAAUGUAGUAGUAUAUGAUGAAGGUCAUAUGUUAAAGAAUUCUAUGUCUGAAAGAUUUAAUAAAUUAAUGAAAAUCAAAGCUAAAUUUAGAUUAUUAUUAACAGGGACACCAUUACAAAACAAUCUUCGUGAAUUAAUGUCAUUAUUAGAAUUUAUAAUGCCUACAUUAUUUAUCUCCAAGAAGGAUUCUCUAACGGCAAUUUUCAAACAAAGAGCUAAAACUACCGAUGAUGGUAAUGAUCAUAAUCCGUUAUUAGUUCAAGAAGCCAUUGAACGUGCUAAGACAAUGAUGAAACCAUUUAUUUUACGUAGACAUAAGGAUCAAGUGUUACGUCAUUUACCAAAGAAACAUAAUAAGAUUGUUAUGUGUGACUUAAAUGAAGUUCAAAGAAAGAUAUAUGAUCAUGCCAUAACAAAUGCCAAAGAAUAUCGUGAAAAGGUUCAAAACGGUACUGUAACAAGUGAGGAUAAAGCUAAUAUGGAUUCAAAAAAUUUAAUUAUGACAUUAAGAAAAGCUUCGAUUCAUCCAUUAUUAUUUAGAGACAUAUAUGAUGAUAAGACGGUUGAUGCUAUGAGUACAGCUAUUCUUAGUGAACCUGCAUAUAGUAUGGAUGGUAAUAAACAAUAUAUUCAAGAAGAUAUGAGUUAUAUGACAGAUUUCGAAUUACAUAAACUCUGUGGAAAUUUCCCAAGAACUUUAGGUAAAUAUGCAUUAAAGAAUAAUGAAUGGAUGAAUAGUGGUAAAGUUGAUAAACUGAAUCAAAUUCUUAAGGACGUGGUUGAUAAAAGACAUGAAAAGAUAUUAAUCUUUUCGUUAUUUACUCAAGUUUUAGAUAUUUUAGAACCUGUUUUAAGCACACUAGGUUAUAAAUUUUUAAGACUUGAUGGUUCUACACAAGUUAAUGAAAGACAAUCAUUAAUUGAUACAUUUUAUGAGGAUAAAACAAUUCCAGUGUUUUUAUUAUCAACAAAAGCUGGUGGGUUUGGUAUUAAUUUAGUUUGUGCCAAUCAUGUAAUAAUAUUUGAUCAAAGUUUUAAUCCACAUGAUGACAGACAAGCCGCCGAUAGAUCGCAUCGUGUAGGUCAAACCAAAGAAGUCUAUGUAUCUACAUUGAUUAGUCAAGACUCCAUUGAAGAACAAAUCCAUCAAUUAGCCAAAAAUAAAUUAGCAUUGGACAUGCAUGUCAGUGUGGACAACAACGGUGAAAACAAGCAACAGGAAGCAGCCGCAGAGAACAAAAUCAAUGGCAUCCUCGAGGAUAUCAUCUACAAGAAGCCAUAA